UUGACAUUCCUAAUAUAAGAAACUGCUUUCUUUAGUUAAACCAGCUUUACACAACCACCUAAAAAAAAAAAAAAAAAAAGUUAAAGGUUGUUAAUCAAACUCCGUCAUAUAAUUUAUAGAAAUCGUUUAUAUUUUAGUAAAAUUGUGACAUGACAAUAUGAGGAAUAACAAAUACUAUCUCUUCCCCAAAAAGAAUGUGGGCGGAGUAAAGUUUGGAAAACUUGGAAGUGAAGCAACGGGAUCAAGAUACAAUCCUGCUAUCGGAUUACUUAUUAUAUUAUUAAUGGUAAUGGAGACAAGUCAAUCCGUGGAAGAGAAUAUUCCAGUCCCAAACGGUAUUUUAGGGAAUACCUGACCGUUUCCUGUUAUUUUGUUUCGCCGCCAGUACUAGUAGUUGCCAAGCCAAGCCAUUCCAAAUCAUUCCCACACGGUUUUAGAGAGAGAGAGAGAGAGAGAGAUAGAACACGUCCCCCGUCUUUCUCUCUCCUCUCCGGUUCGUUUGCCUUUGAUCGCUUUCCGGUGAUCGGUGGAAAGAUGAACGGGAAGGCCUCCGUGUCUAAGGAGCUUAACGCCAAGCACACCAAGAUAUUGGAUGGUCUUCUUAAGCUGCCAGAAAAUAGGGAAUGUGCAGAUUGUCAGAGCAAGGCUCCACGAUGGGCAAGUGUGAACCUUGGAAUAUUUAUAUGCAUGCAAUGUUCAGGAAUACAUCGGAGUUUAGGUGUGCAUAUCUCAAAGGUACGGUCUACAAACUUGGAUACGUGGCUACCAGAGCAGGUUGCUUUUAUGCAAUCUGUGGGUAAUAAGAAGGCUAACAGUUACUGGGAAGCAGAACUGCCACCAAGUUUUGACAGAAGCGGGACUGAAAAAUUUAUCCGUGCCAAAUACCAGGAGAAAAAAUGGGCGUCAAAGAAAGCAACACAACCAGUUCCCGUGUUUGGUGAAAGGAGUUCUAAUUCUGACAAAUUGGUAGAAGAUGGAGCCAAAAAAAGGAUUCCAAAGAAAAUAAGAAGCUUUUCCCUCGAGGAAGAGAUUCUUACGAAACACAUGGCGCAAGUUGCUUGUACGACAAGAACUCGUCGGGGCUCUUUAGACAUGAGCAAGAUUAUUAUACCUCCACCAAAUGGGUCCAUGCCUGAACAUAGUACAUCCAUUCAGAAGGUUGAUGGUACUACGGAUCGCUUCAGCUUGUUCAGUGACCAAGACACAAAACAGAAUCAUUUUAUUGUACCUCCUUCCAAUUGGGCGACCUUCGAGUGAGAGGAUUGUAGAGAGAUGAACUGAUGGAAUCUAUGUCCAAGUAGUUUUGCAAUGCAGUUAACUGUGAAAAUGGAAAGGGUGAUUCUCAUUAAGGUUCACUUUACCACCUUGGUUAUGAGAUCCUUUCUUGUUUUCAUAUUCAUGUGCCAUCACGCCUUCACCAGCAACUAUAAUAUAUAGUAUUUCUUAUGGAAGGCUACGCGCAAAACCACAUCCCAAGGAAAACCAAUUGUCAUAUUUCCUUGUUCUAGCAUUUCAAGAUUAGCUAUUUACGGGAAAAUUCUUAACCGGGGUUCAGAAAUACCAGGUUUUUGAAAUGUUCCCUAAUCUGCUCUUCAUUUAUGUAAUCAAAUGUUUGAAGUGGAUUUGGCUGGCUUAAAUUAUUCAUCUUGAUUUGUAUUUUAUAACAAUUAUUCAUCUUGAUUUGUAUUUUAUUACAUCCUCUGCUUUUAGCUUGAA